UACAGCCCAAACGUCUAAGAUCGAGUCUCUCCUGUACCUCGUACAUCUGUGGUCGAGAUUCCCGGCCGCACAUUCAGUCGGCGAUAAACUUUUGCGGUAGUUUCUUACGUUUGCGUGAUCUCCAACUCCACCGGGAUGGAUUUAGACUUCAACUGGUGGUGAAGCGCGCGUACACCCGCUUUUCAGGAAGAGUUUUGAAGUGUCCGGGGUUCAAGCAUCCGCACAUCAAGAUGUCUGAUUCAGCGUCCAGUUUCUUGCAUAUAGGCGACAUUGUGUCCCUAUAUGCAGAAGGAACUGUUAAUGGUUUUAUAAGCACACUGGGGUUGGUAGAUGACCGUUGUGUUGUAGAGCCAGCAGGCGGAGAUCUGGACAACCCUCCCAAAAAAUUCAGAGAUUGCCUUUUUAAGGUUUAUCCCAUGAACCGAUAUUCUGCUCAGAAACAGUUCUGGAAGGCCAAACAGGCAAAGCACGAGAAGGAUAAGAUAGGAGACAUGGUUCUUCUGCAGAAAUUGCAACAUGCAGCUAACUUGGAGCAAAAACAGAAUGACGCAGAGAACAAAAAGGUCCACGGGGAUGUCGUGAAAUAUGGCAGUGUCAUUCAGCUCCUGCAUAUGAAGAGUAACAAAUAUUUGACAGUGAAUAAACGUCUUCCAGCGUUGCUGGAGAAGAAUGCUAUGCGUGUUACUCUUGACGGGACUGGCAAUGAGGGAUCCUGGCUCAUUAUCCAACCAUUCUGGAAGCUCAGAGCUGAUGGAGACAGCGUGGUGGUUGGAGAUAAGGUGAUACUAAAUCCUGUUAACGCCGGACAGCCUCUUCAUGCUAGCAAUUACGAACUUCCUGAUCACCCAGGUUGUAAAGAGAUCAACUCGGUGACUAGCAACACCAGCUGGAAGAUCAAUCUCUUUAUGAUGUUCAGUGAUCACAAAGAUGAAGUCCUCAAAGGAGGAGACGUGGUGAGACUGUUCCACGCAGAGCAAGAGAAAUUUCUAACUUGUGAUGACUACAAGUCUAAGCUGCACGUAUUUCUUCGUACAACUCUGCGUCAGUCUGCCGCAUCAGCCACCAGCUCCAAUGCAUUAUGGGAAGUGGAGGUUGUGCACCAUGAUCCAUGUCGAGGUGGAGCGGGACAUUGGAACAGCCUCUACAGAUUUAAACAUUUGGCCACGGGCAACUAUCUUGCUGCCGAGGAGAACCCAGGCUACAAAGAAGACAGCAACGAAAUAGAGGUGGACAGUAGAAUCAUCAAGCGGAAUCUCGGUGAGAGGAUAAAGUACAAGCUGGUGGCAGUGCCUCAUGGGAACGAUAUCGCCUCACUGUUUGAGCUGGACCCCACCACAUUGCAGAAGACCGAUUCAUUUGUGCCAAGAAAUUCUUACGUUCGAUUUCGUCACCUCUGCACAAACACUUGGAUACAAAGCACCAACAUUCCUAUUGACAUUGAUGAAGAGAGGCCAAUUCGAUUAAUGCUGGGCACCUGCCCCGCUAAAGAAGACAAAGAAGCUUUUGCCAUCGUCUCGGUGCCGGUCAUGGAGAUUCGAGAUCUAGAUUUUGCCAACGACGCCAGCCUUAUGUUGAGCACCGUGGUGGACAAGUUCAACGGUGGUUUCCUCAAUCCGAAUGAUAGAAGAUAUGCCAUUAAACUAAUGGAGGAUGUGGUUUUCUUCGUUGUGGACCAGUUUAACAAUGGCCAGCCUGCCCUGGAUGUGACGAUGAACAAAGCCAACAGAGAGAGACAGAAGCUCAUGAGAGAGCAGAACAUUUUAAAACAGAUAUUUGGAAUCAUUAAGGCCCCAUUUAAAGACAGAGGAACCGAACCUCCCCUCCUAAAAUUGGAGGAGCUGUCGGAUCAGAAGAACGCUCCCUAUCAGUACAUGCUCAGACUGUGCUACAGAGUGCUGCGUCACUCGCAGGACGACUACCGUAAGAAUCAGGAGCACAUAGCCAAACAGUUUGGAAUGAUGCAGUCUCAGAUUGGUUAUGAUAUUCUGGCUGAGGACACCAUCACAGCUCUGCUACACAACAACCGCAAACUGCUGGAGAAACACAUCACUAAAACCGAGGUGGAGACCUUCGUCAGUCUGGUUCGCAGAAACAGAGAGCCUAGGUUUCUGGACUAUCUUUCAGACCUGUGCGUGUCGAAUAACGUGGCCAUCGCCAUAACUCAAGAGCUGAUCUGUAAGUGUGUGCUGGAUGCCAAGAACCAGGAUAUUCUCAUGAAAACUGAACGUCGACCUCCAAAAGAGGGUCAGCACACCUCUGAAUACAUGGAAGAGUUCGGAGAGGAGGAUGAAGUUUGGCUGAUCUGGUCCGAUAAGGCAAACGAGACCCACGAGAAGAGUAUCCGGCAGCUUGCCCAGGAGGCACGGCAAGGGAAUGUGCAAGACGAAAAUGUGCUUACAUAUUACAGGUACCAGCUUAAACUGUUCGCCCGGAUGUGUUUUGACCGCCAGUAUCUGGCUAUCGAUGAGAUCUCAAAGCAGCUGGACGUGGAGCUGAUUUCUCUCUGCAUGAUGGAUGAAUCUCUUCCCUUUGAUCUGCGGGCGUCCUUCUGUAGACUCAUGCUGCAUGCGCACGUGGAUCGUGACCCUCAGGAGCUUGUGACACCAAUUAAGUUUGCACGCUUGUGGACCGAGAUCCCCACAUCUAUCAGCAUCAAAGAUUAUGAUUCCCACUUGGACUAUUCGAGGGACAAUAAAAAGAACAAGUUUGCCCACACGAUGGCUUUUAUGGAGGAGUACCUCAACAAUGUUCUCAUCGAUGACCUGCCGUUUGCCAACGAAGAGAAAAACAAGCUGACCUAUGAGGUGGUUAGCUUGGCCAGACAUCUCAUUUACUUUGGGUUCUACAGUUUCUUUGAGCUCCUGAGACUGACCCGCACUCUCCUGGGAAUCAUAGACUGCACUCCAAAUGCCGCAGCCAUCAAUCCCGUGUUUAAUGAUGAUGGAACCGGUAACAAUGUCAGGCGCUCCAUCCACGGCGUGGGGCAGAUGAUGUCCACCAUGGUACUGAGCAGAAAACAGUCAGUUUUUUCCGGCUCUGGUCGCCCUGGUGACAGCCAGGCUGGAGGUAAAGAUAGCAUUGACACGCAGGAUAUCACUGUGAUGGACACCAAACUGAAGAUCCUGGAGAUUUUACAGUUCAUCCUCAGUGUGCGGCUGGAUUACCGGAUUUCCUUCAUGCUUUCCGUUUUCAAGAAGGAGUUUGCAGAUGUCUAUCCUAUGGGGGAUGCAGAUGCAACGCAUCACACGGAGCAGGAAGCUGCCAUCAACCUCUUGCACAUUGGGGAGCAGGCAGAGGCCAUGUUUGGAGUUGGUAAAGGAAACAGCAUUCUGGAGGUGGAUGAUGAAGGUGGAAGAAUGUUCCUGCGUGUUCUGAUCCACCUCAUCAUGCACGACUACCCACCUCUGGUUUCUGGGGCCCUGCAGUUGCUCUUCAAACACUUCAGUCAGAGACAAGAGGUCUUGCACACCUUUAAGCAGGUCCAGCUCCUCAUUACCACUCAGGAUGUGGAAAACUACAAAAACAUCAAACGUGAUCUGGAUCUUCUACGCACCAUGGCGGAAAAGUCAGAGCUUUGGGUCAUUAAGAAAAGCAGCUCUGGAAAGGAUGAUAAGAAGGACAAAAAAGACAAGAAAGAUAAAGAGAAAAAAGAGCCUAAAGAGCCACCACCAGAGGAGGAUCCUGAAACAAAGAAACAAAGAAUAGAAAGGAGCAAUGAAAGCUACCAGCACGUAAAAGAGAUCCUUGAGCGGUUGAAUAAAAUGUGCAGUUCAGGUGUCUUUAAGAAGCAGCAAAGGCUAUUGAAGAACAUGGGUGCUCACAAAGUGAUGCUUGACCUCUUGCAGAUCACAUACGAUCGGAAUGACACCAAAAUGCUGGAGAUCAUCAAGUAUACGCACCUCUUCCUGCAGAAGUUCUGCUCAGGCAAUCUGGAGAAUCAGGCUCUUCUCCAUAAACACCUCAACCUCUUCCUCACUCGUGGGCUCUUAGAGGCAGAGACAAUGCAGCAGAUUUUCAGUAACAAUUACCAACUUUGUUCUGAGAUCAGCGAAACUGUACUCCAUCAUUUUAUCCACUGCCUGGCCACACACGGCCGUUACAUCCAGUACCUUAACUUCCUGCACACCAUCAUUAAAGCAGAGGGGAAAUAUGUGAAGAAAUGUCAAGACAUGAUCAUGACUGAGCUGACAAGUGCGGGUGAUGAUGUGGUCGUCUUAUACAACGAUAAGACGUCGUUUGCCACCAUGGUGGAUCUGAUGAUACAGUCGAGGGAGGGGGUGCAUGAAGACAGUCCUCUGCGUUAUCAUAUCUCUCUGGUAGAGCUGCUGGCUGCAUGCGCUGAGGGUAAAAAUGUCUACACUGAGAUAAAAUGCACAUCUCUGCUGCCCCUAGAGGACAUGGUGAGAGUGAUCACGCAUGAAGACUGCAUCACAGAGGUGAAAAUUGCCUACGUAAACUUUGUGAACCACUGCUACGUUGACACAGAAGUGGAGAUGAAGGAAAUCUACACCAGCAACCACAUUUGGAAACUGUUUGACAACUUCACAACAGAUAUGGCCAGGGUGUGCUCUAUCCGCGAGAGACGUUUGUCAGAUCCUGUGCUGGAGAAAUAUGUGAUUCAGGUGGUUUUAGACACUAUUAAUGCUUUCUUCAGCUCACCUUUCUCCGAAAACAGCACCACCACGGAGGUUCAUUUCACCACAGUAAAACAGCUGCUACAGUCCACUAUGCGUAUGUUGGAGUGUCCCUGGCUGCAGCCACAACAGAAAAUCCAAGUUGAGGCCUGCAUCCGAACUCUGGCUUUAACAACAAAGGACCGUACCAUAACACUGCCGAUCGAGCUAGAGGCUCAUGUCAACAUGAUGUUGAGUCAGAGUUACUCCAACGCGCUGUCUCGCUCCAUCCUCGCCAGCAAAAACCUGUCUCGCCUCACGCGCCCCGCUGCCCCCACCAACCCCUGGGACUACAAAAACAUCAUAGAGAAACUACAGGACAUCAUUAACACCCUGGAGCAGCGGCUGAUGCCUCUAGUUAAUGCUGAGUUAUCAGUGCUGGUGGAUGUUCUGCAUCAGCCCGAGUUGCUCUUUCUGGAAGGCACUGAUGCACGGACACGCUGUGAAUCAGGAGGCUUCAUAUCUAAACUGAUUCAACACACUAAAGCCCUGAUGAACUCCGACGAGAAGCUCUGUAUCAAAGUCCUCAGAACUCUACAGGAAAUGCUCAUUCGGGAGAUGGACUUUGAUGAAAAGGGUUUUGGCUUGAGAAAGGUGUUGCUUCAAAACUACCUCUUUAACAACAAAAAGAUCAUGAAACCAGAAGGUCCUGAUCUUGUUGGAGGUGGAGAGGUCGAGAGAGACUGGGUUGCGGUCGCAGCGUUACAAUGCCGACUGGAUAGAGAAGGCGGCACCAAACUCUUCAUAGACCUCAUAACAAGCACAAAGAAUGAGAAGAUCUUCCAUGAGAGCAUACAGUUUGCCAUCAGUUUGCUGGAAGGUGGCAACACCGAAAUCCAGAACUCAUUCUACAAACUCAUGAUGGGCGAUAACAAGUCCGAGAAGUUUUUUAAAGUGCUGAACGAUCGCAUGACGAACGCUCGGCUAGAAGUCAAAUCCAACAUUUCGGUCAAUGUCGGAGAAAUGAGCCACAAAGCCAAAGAUGAAAAGGAUCUGGAACCAGGUGGAGUGCCUUCUUUUGGCCAGCCUGAGCAGACACCACAGCCUGAGCAGCAGGAAGUAGAUACAGAAAUGGGUCCCUCUGUCACCAUUAUGAAACCCAUCCUGCGCUUUUUACAGCUGCUUUGUGAGAACCACAAUCUGGACCUUCAGAAUUUUCUUCGCUGUCAGAGCAACAAAACAAACUAUAAUCUGGUGUGUGAAACGCUCCAGUUUCUGGACAUCAUGUGCGGCAGCACAACAGGAGGUUUGGGUCUGCUGGGCCUUUACAUUAACGAGAAUAACGUAGAACUGAUCACACAGACCCUGGAGACGCUCACGGAAUACUGCCAAGGGCCCUGCCAGGAGAACCAGACUUGCAUUGUCUGUCACGAGUGUAAUGGCAUAGACAUCAUCACAGCAUUGAUUCUGAAUGACAUCAGUCCACUGUGCCGUUACCGUAUGGAGCUGGUGUUGCAGCUCAAGGACAAUGCCUCCAAGCUCCUGCUUGCUCUGAUGGAGAGUCGUCAUGACAAUGAAAACGCCGAGAGAAUCCUGUUAAACCUUCGACCCCGCGAACUGGUGGAGGUGAUAAAGAAGGCUUACUGGCAGGAGACUGAAUGUGAGGAGGGGGAAGUGUCGCCGCGGGAGGUCGGACACAACAUCUACAUCCUGGCACUACAGCUUGCUCGACACAACAAAUUGCUUCUCUCACUGCUUAAACCCCAAAAGAAGACCAAAGAGGAAGAAGAGGGCAUCUCCUCUAUGCUUCACUUGAACAAACAAGAGGAAUCGAAGGAGGAUCCAUUAGAACACUAUGACCGUCAAACCUCUAAUAUUGAGAUCGUUCGUGAGGACCGCAGCAUGGAGCAGAUCGUGUUUCCUGUUCACCCCAUUUGCGAGUAUUUGACCGAGGAGUCAAAGUUUCGUGUGUUCACCACCACAGAGCUAGAUGAGCAGGGCAGCAAAGUCCCACACUUUUUUGAACAGACCUCAUUUCUUCACAAUGAAAUGGAGUGGCAGAAAAAACUUCGCAGCAUGCCGGUGUUAUUCUGGUUCUCUCGUCGAAUGUCUCUUUGGGGAACCAUAUCGUUCAAUCUCGCUGUGUUCGUCAACCUCAUCAUCGCUUUGUUCUACCCACACGAUACUGGUCAAAGUAGCAUAGACACUUCAGUACUGCUCCUGAUGUUUUGGAUUUUUGCUGGACUGGCUGUCGUGGGGCUGUUAUCGAAACGUUACGGGUACCAGGCUCUCACUGUCGCCAUCACCCUCCGGCUUGUCUAUCACAUUGGCAUCGGGCCCACGCUCGCUCUAAUGGGGGCUCUUAAUCUGGGCAAUAAGAUUGUGUACGUGGUGAGCUUUGUGGGAAACAACGGCACCUUCAUCAUGGGUUACAAAGCCAUGGUAAUGGAUGUAGAGUUUCUGUACCACUUGGCCUAUGUGUUGAUCAGUACUUUGGGCCUGUUCGUCCACGAACUCUUCUUCAGCCUAUUGUUAUUUGAUCUGAUCUACCGUGAGGAGACGCUUCUUAAUGUAAUCAAAAGCGUCACCCGUAACGGCCGUUCGAUUCUUCUCACCGCUGUCCUGGCCAUCAUCCUAGUCUACCUCUUCUCCAUCGUGGGCUUUCUCUUCCUCAGGGAUGACUUUAUCAUGGAAGUGGACCGGCUCGCCAGUGCAGAUGAAGCAGGUACAGAUGACUCUAUUGACAGCUGCAGUGCAGAUGGAGUCGACUGCAUUGAGGAAACUGGGUUGGUUGCACCAGCAGAGGAUGAAGAGAACACAGAGAGGGCUUGUGAGACUCUUCUGAUGUGCAUUGUGACUGUGCUGAAUCACGGCCUGAGGAACGGAGGAGGUGUGGGGGAUGUUCUGCGCAAACCAUCAAAAAAUGAGACCUUGUUCCCUGCUCGGGUGGUCUAUGACCUGCUCUUUUACUUCGUUGUGAUCAUCAUCGUCCUCAACUUGAUCUUCGGUGUGAUUAUCGACACUUUUGCUGACCUCCGUAGUGAGAAACAGAAGAAGGAAGAGGUCUUGAAGACCACCUGUUUCAUCUGCUGUCUUGAGAGGGACAAGUUUGAUAAUAAAACCGUCUCGUUUGAAGAACACAUUAAACUGGAGCACAACAUCUGGAACUACCUCUAUUUCAUUGUCCUUGUGCGAGAGAAAAACAGGACCGACUACACCGGGCCAGAAAGCUAUGUGGCGCACAUGAUAAAGAAUAAGAACCUGGAUUGGUUCCCGCGCAUGCAAGCCAUGUCUCUGGUUAUAACAGAGGGAGACGGGGAACAGAACGAGAUGAGGAACCUCCAAGAAUGUCUCUCUAACACCAAGAAAUCGGUCGAACAACUCACAGGCCAGUUAACAGAGCUGAAAGAACAGAUGACAGAGCAGAGGAAGCGAAGGCAAAGAAUGGGUUUUGUUGAUGUUCAGUCGGGCUCGAACGCUGGGAUGCCGAUCCCUCCUAGUGCUGCUGGGGGGAAUCAUCAGCUCUACAAGGCCUAACUCCUUCAACCUACAGUGCAUAGACUUUAUAGGAGCAAUAAUGUGACGCGGUUCUGCUGAUGUACUUCUUAACUGGAAAAAGUUAAAAUAUUUAAAGUCUGAUUGGAUUUACACGCCCACAGAAGCACUACUGACUUACCUAAUGGUUUUAAUGUUUUUAUUCUUUUUAAGAGCAGCUUAUUUGAGACUUUUUUUACAAAUGUGCCAUUAAGUAAGAUAGAUGAAGAUGCACAAGCUGUAAUUUUGCUUCACCAAAAACAAGUGAUCUCGCAUCCUUCACCUUGUCUUGAUAUGAAUGUAAUGAUGUUAUGAUAAUAGGGUCCCCCUCAUGUUCUGUCCAUUUCCUGUUUCAACCACAUAUGUAUGAUAAACUAAGAAAUACUACCAUGUUUGUAUAGCUGAAUCAGGUUUGAAAAUAGUUUAUAACUGGCAUGAUGUAUGGAAGUGUGUUUAACAGCUUUAUUUUUACAGCCAAAGUGCCAAAAAGUAAAUCUGUCAAAGAACAACCGACUGCUCAGGAAGAUAAUGCAUUUUAUCUGUUAAAGAAACAGCAGUCCAGAGUGAGAAAAGCUCAAGUGCAGCGUGGUUUUAUUAAACAUUAUGCAUAUAUGUGUAUAUUUAUAUUUGGCUGGAUUUUAAUCAUUUAUUGUGUAACCAGGAUUAAGUUAUACAUCAUUGAGCGUUUUAUUGGCCACUAAAAGAAUGCUGGAACAUACUUGUAUUUUGGCCUUUUAAUACUUUAUAACCAGUGCUUGUAAUUAUUCAUCUGUUGCUAGUAUUGAUGUCAGUUUAAUAAAUUUACAAUGUAUUACUUAUAUUGUUUAUGUUGAAACAAGGAGGUGUGCACAAAAUAAAGGUUUGGUCAUUAUACUUGU